AUGGAUCUGGCAACGGGCGCCAUGGGCUCCCUGCUCCCCAAGCUGGCCAAGCUCCUCACCGAGGAGUACAAUCUGCAGCAAGGCGUCAGGGAAGGCGUCGAAUCUCUCAAGAAAGAGAUGAAGAGCAUGCACCUCGCCCUCUGCAAGGUGGCGGAGGUGCCGCGGGAGCAGCUCGACGAGCAGGUCAAGCACUGGGCGGGGGAGGUGAGGGAGCUGUCCUUCGACAUGGAGGAUGUCGUCGACAAGUUCCUGGUGCAUCUCCAUGAGGGUUCUGAGCCUGCAGAAAACUCUAAUAAGCUCAAGCGGCUCACAAAGAAGAUGGCCGGCUUGUUCACCAAGGGGAAGGCUCGCCAUGAGAUCGCUGACGCGAUCAAGGACAUCAAUAAACAAGUCCAAGAGGUUGCUAAAAGGCAAACAAUGUACAAUGUCGACGGUAUGGUCACCAGCCUCCCUACCACGACUUCUAUCGACCCUCGUCUUGGAGCUCUGUACAAGGAAGUGACAGAGCUGGUUGGCAUUGCUGGAAAAAGGGAUCAAGAGCUAAUGAAUUUGCUUUUGGAGGGGGACGACAUGUCCAACAAAAAGUUGAAGAUUGUCUCUGUUGUCGGAUUCGGAGGAUUGGGCAAGACCACUCUUGUGAAGACGGUCUAUGACAAGAUUAAAGGAGAUUUCAGUUGUAGUGCUUUUGUUUCGGUCGGUCGAAAUGCCGAGGCAAGGCAGGUUUUCAUGGACAUCCUUCUUGACCGUAAUAUGAAGAAAAUCCGCGAUGAUCUUUGCAUUAAUGAAAGUCAAUUCAACUUGUCGAAUGAAAGACAACUCAUCGAUCUACUCCUAGAAGGUCUGGCGGACAAGAGGUACCUCAUCGUAAUUGAUGACAUAUGGGACCCAACAUUGUGGACACAUAUCAACUAUGCAUUCUCUAAUAGUAACAAUUUUGGUAGUCGACUUAUCACAACUACUCGCAUAGUUAGUGUAUCAAAAUUAUGUUGCUCAUCUACUAAUGAUUCAGUUUAUAAGAUGAAACCUCUCAGUGAUGAUGAUUCCAAAAGGCUGUUCUUCAAACGUAUAUUUGCUCAAGAGAGUGGAUGUCCUCGUGAGUUCGAAGAAGUGUCUGCAGGUAUAUUGAAAAAAUGUGGUGGUGUGCCAUUGGCCAUCAUUACAAUAGCUAGUACUUUGGCUAGUGGUCAGAAAAGAAAUUCACUGGAUGAGUGGCAUGUUUUGCUAGAGUCUAUUGGCCGUGGACUUACUGAAGACCGCAGUGUAGAUGAGAUGAUGAGGAUACUAUCAUUUAGCUAUUACGACCUUCUUCCUCGUCUGAGGACAUGCUUAUUAUAUCUAAGCAUGUUUCCGGAAGAUAGGGUGAUAAUGAAAGAUCAGUUGAUAUGGAUGUGGAUUGCUGAAAGCUUUAUCCCAUGUGGAAAAGCAAAUUCUAGUUUCUUUGAGGUCGGAGAAACUUACUUCAAUGAGCUUGUGAACAAAAGCUUGAUCCAGCCGACAUAUGAUGAAUUAGGCUCUGUACAUGGUUGUCGUGUACACGAUAGUGUACUUGAUCUAAUAUGUUCCUUGUCAGGUGAAGAGAACUUUGUUACUAUAGUGAGUGGUACUGGUGAUACCAUUUCUUCAGAGGGCAUUGUCCGUAGAUUGUCCCUCCAAAAUGGUAGAAAAGAAGAAGGUCAAACCAGACCUCUGAGAUGUGAGAGUAUAGGAAAAGUGAGGUCUGUUGUUACAUUUGCACCUGCUAUUGAUCUAAUGCCACCAUUCUCGAGCUUUGUUGUUUUGCGUGUGUUAGAUUUGGAUGAAUAUGAUGGUAUUAAGGAGGGCCAUCUCAACCUUCAAGAGCUGGGGCGUUUACUUCACUUGAGGUACCUACGUCUAUCUGGACACGGAAUUACUGAGUUGCCCGAAGAGAUUGGAAAGCUGAAGUUUUUGCAGGUGUUGAUUUUUCCUGGCUCAACAAGGCUGCCGUCGACUGUGAUUAAGCUCACAGGAUUGAUGUGCCUACGUACUGAUGGUGGGAGGCUUCAUCUUCCAUAUGGUGUUGGAAACCUGGGAUCAAUGGAAGUGUUGAAUGAGAUCAAAGUUGGCUCUGUAAGCAUUGUGCAAGAGUUGGGGAGCAUGCACAGACUGAGGGAGCUCAAUAUUCAGUUUGAGAGCUCGGAGCUUCUGGAAGCUUUUGUGGAGUCACUAGGGAAAAUGCAAAAGAUCCAGCGUGUAGAAAUCAGUGCCAACUGUGAGCCUCAAGUUUCAAUGGAUCUGUUGGGGGAAGGUUGGUUGCCCCCUGCAAGUAUCCAGGAGUUUGUCAUGCGCAGAGGCGUCAAAUUAUCUACGCUGCCGGCAUGGAAUGCAUAUCAUCUGUCACAACUCUCCAAAUUAGCACUAAGUGUAGGGGUUGUGCGACAGAAGGAUCUGGAAUUCCUUGGAAGGUUACCGGCUCUUCGGAUUCUCUGGUUACUGAGCGACAACCAAAGGCCGCUAGUUGUUGGCGCCGAGGGGUUCCGUUGUUUGGAAAAUGUCUUCUUGGCUUCCAAAUCACCGAGCCAAAUAUUGUUCCAGCCAGGAGCUUUGCCCAAGGCCGAUCAAGUUACCAUCGAAAUCGGUUUGCGGGUGGCGAAAGAGGAAGCAGCUGGCACCGGUGGCUAUUGGUUUGACAUGGGCAUCGAGAACCUGUCGUCCCUUCGCCACAUCGAUGUCUGGUUCCGCCGUUCUGGAGUGACUGUCGGGGAGGCCAAGCAAGCGAAGGCUGCGCUGGUGGACGCCCUCCGCGCCCAUCCUAACCGCCCCACCUUGAAAAUCUAUUUCGACGUGGACAUACCAGAAGAUGCUCGUGAUGAGGACGUCUACACCAAGGACGAAGAGUCAGAUUGA